AUGUCCCGCAACAUAAGGCAAAAGUACCCUGCCAAGACUGCCAAAAAGGCGUCCAAGCGAAGGGGCUCUGACACCUCGUCCUCAUUUGACCUUUCCGACGAUGAUGGCUACUCAGCCGUUGAAGAAAUUAGCGACUCGUCUGACGAUGACGAGGACGAUGUCGAUGCGGUCGAGGAGAGAAAUAUUCUGAUUGAGGCAAAGCCUUCCCAGUCUCCUCGACCGCAACCUGGCAGUGACAAUGACGACGAUAACCAGGACGACGACGAUGACGAUGAUGAGGACGACGACGACGAUUAUGAGUACAGUCAUCCUGUCGUAGACCCGGAUGCCGAUGAAAGCACCAGCUGGGCUGGUAUUGUUUCCGAGGUCGACGAAAGUCAAGCAUCCGACUUCUUCCAUGACCAAGCAUUCGGCUCUGAUGCUGCCGUCGAACGCCAUGUGCGUUUUGCUGUUCCGUCUAGCGAAUCUGAUUCUACCGACACGGACGAUGAUGAUGACCAUGGUGACUUGUUUCCCGACAUUUUUGUUUCACAAACCUCCCUAGACCCGGCAUUUCGCCGUGAAAUAGAACAUGACCCAGAUGAAUCGUCCGGGUCGGGCUCGUUUUGGGACUACAAUGGCCAGUAUGAGUUGCAAAACGCCGACGACUCGGAUGCUGAGGAAGUCAUUCGUGAGAUUUCCGAUGAUGAGACCCCAACUGCUACGCCCAGAGUGCCUCAGAUCGAUACUUCUCCCUCCAAGUUCACUCCCGCCUUUGAAGAGCCUCUGGAACUUGAUGGAUACGAAACUGAUGGUGACACUACUGAGGAAGACGUCCCUGAACCCCCAAUCCGCAGAAAGACUCGCCGUCCUUCUGUGCCUAUGAGUGAAAUUUCUGACUCGGAUGUUCCCUCACCAAUCAAAACUGAGCGUGGUCAACCCCGUGUUGGGCGAUUCAAUCUUGACCGUUCCGACAAGAAACCGAUUGCGGUGCUGAACCCUCACACGCGAAAGAUGAUGAUCUUCACACCACAUCGUCGGCGCCAACUUGACCUCUCCCCUGAGCAAUUCAAUUUCCAGUGGCCACUGGAAGAACAGUCGUCCCCGAUACUCAGUAACUCGGCCAACAUGAUGCUCAGUGCAAUGUUCUCAUCCAACACAUUUGGAGACUUUGUCAACCCUCAGACCAUGGGACCCGCUGAAGCCUUCUUCCCAUUCCCUUCCGAGGCUGGCACUGCUGAUGAAAGCUCAUCAGCAAGUCAUCACGGAGAGGAAGACGAAGCCGAGAAGAAGCUCGACAUUAGCGACUUUAUCACGUGGGAUGAUGGUGACUCUUCUGGCGAAGAGGGCAAUGAUGGCACCUGGGAGCCUUCUUCUACACCCUUGAGACCUGCGACAGCCUCCAGCGAACGAGACUUGCUGUCACAUCUCAACUCGGACACUGUUGGUGCCUUUCGACGCAACCAAAUCAAUCAGCAGUUGAUCUUGAGUAAUAAGGCAACUCAAGAUUCGCUGGCCUUUAGCGGGCCGUACAAUUAUUCCGCCAUCAGGGGCCUCAAGUCGGAUCGCUUUGAUACGGCAGGCAUUCCCUUGACCCCGAUUCGGCGACAAAAGAAGCAUGCGAGCGAUAUGACACGCAGUCCGUUGGAGUCUGUUUCUGCGAAGCGAAAAGCGUCUAGCGAAGUCGGCAACGGCCACAAGAGGCAUCGAAGCAUCUCGGAUGUGAAUUUUCUUAGGAUAUGA